UAGAGAAGCGGCAGAGUCGGGGAAAGAGCGGUGUGAUCGGACUACCAUAUUAUGCACAGCGAAUGCUAGCGCGCAACAGAAGCAAAUAGGCUGGUGGAGACAAACGAAGAAAAGUAUUUUAAACUAUCGCUCUUUAUAGACAUUUUUGUUUUAUUCACGGGCACGCAUCUGAAAAACAUAUGAAGAUUUGUUGUUACCAUUUUUUUCAAUUGCUCCAUUUUGGAGUUAAAGAAACUAUAUGAAAUAUUUACAGUUGUCCAUUUUAUUUAUAUGUAUUGGAGUUAUAUGAAUCGAAGAUAAUAUAUCAGCAAAAUGAGAGCUCAAAUUGAGGUGAUCCCGUGUAAGAUCUGCGGGGACAAGUCUUCAGGAAUCCACUAUGGCGUCAUCACCUGUGAAGGGUGCAAGGGCUUCUUCAGGCGCAGCCAGCAGAACAACGCCAUGUACUCCUGCUCGCGUCAGAGGAACUGCCUGAUCGACCGCACCAACCGCAACCGGUGCCAGCACUGCCGGCUGCAGAAGUGCCUGGCGCUGGGCAUGAGCCGCGACGCGGUGAAAUUUGGCCGCAUGUCCAAAAAGCAGCGGGACAGCCUGUACGCCGAGGUCCAGAAGCACCAGCAGUCCCAGGAGCUGCCGGGGGCGCUGGGCGCGGUGGGCGGCGUGGGCCUGUCCCGGGACGAGGGGUGCGACGCAGGCAGCCACGGCCGGGCCUACAGCCAGGGCUCCAGCGCGGCGCUGAGCGACCUGGACGACAUCGUGGCGCUGCCGGACGGGCUGCUCUUCGACCUGCCGCUCACGCCCGAGGGCGCCGGCGGCGACUACUACUGCGGCCUGGAGCUGCUGGGGGGGGGCUGCGGCGGCGGCGGCGGCGGGGGGGACAGCGCGGGCAGCGGGUCGUCCUCGUCCCGGAGCUCGCCGGAGCAGAGCGGCCUGGACUUCGGCGACGCGGCGCACAUCAAGCACGAGUACCAGCUGCUGCACGCGCCCGCGCUCUACGUCCACCCGCUCCUCAGCGCCGUGCCCGACGGCUGCUCGCUGCUGGAAAUAGAGCGCGUCACGCAGAGCGUGGUGAAGUCCCACCUGGAGACGAGUCAGCACGGCACCGAGGACCUGAAGAGGCUCAUGUGGACCAUGUACUCCCCCGAGGAGACCCGCUCCUUCCAGAGCAAGUCUGCGGAGUGCAUGUGGCAGCAGUGCGCCCAUCACAUCACCAACGCCAUCCAGUACGUGGUGGAGUACGCCAAGAGGAUCGCCGGCUUCAUGGACCUCUGCCAGAACGACCAGAUAAUCCUCCUGAAAGCAGGCUGUCUGGACGUCCUGCUGAUUCGCAUGUCGUGCGCCUACAACCCCGUCAACGACACUCUGCUGUUCGACGGCAAGUUCGCCGGGCCCCAGCUCUUCAAAUCUCUCGGUUGUGAUGAUCUCGUGAGCGCGGUGUACGACCUGGCCAAGAGCCUGAGCCGCCUGCAGCUGUCUGAGGAGGAGAUGGCGCUGUUCAGCGCGGCUGUCCUGCUUUCCCCAGACCGGCCAUGGCUGACUGACACUCAGCAGGUCCAGAAGCUUCAGGAGAGGGUCUACGUUGCAUUACAGCACUGUCUCCACAGGAGCGGCGCCCCUGAGGAGAAACUGGCCAAGAUGGUGUCCAAGCUGCCCAUGAUGAAGUCCAUCUGCAAGCUGCACAUCGACAAGCUGGAGUUUUUCCGCCUGCUGCACCCUGAGACGGCCUACAGCUUCCCCCCUCUGUACAGAGAGGUGUUCGGCAGCGAAAUCGCCUUUCCGGACUCCACCGAGGCCUAACCGCGCGGUCAGAGGAAGACGGAGCGAAAGACAGAAAGACAGGGAGAGAGAGAGAGAGAGAGAGACGGGGAGGAUGUUAAGGCAGAGGAAUGUUGUAUCACAAGUAGAGACCAGCAGCUCAGCGACAAUCAUGCACACAACACUUUACCCCACACACACACCCGCGUGCGCAUACGCACAUACACACGCACGACCGUGCACACACACACACACACACGCUUCAUCCCAAACUCUGACCUGACUCCCUUCUGUGGGAUAACACUGUAAAGUGGCCCUCCCCAGAGUUUAUUAAACAUAAGAGUAACACCCAAUGCCAGCAGGAGGCGCCCUACAUGCCUGUAGGGCCAGACACUGUCUUGCAUUGAGUGAACACUUGAGUUGACUUGCAAUAGGAAUCAGUUUCUCUCAGUUACCUUUAUGUGCGAGAGCUUGCUCCCAGUUCUCACAGCCCAUGUCCUCGAACCAAUGUACCCGUGAAUGUAUCCCACAGACAUGGAAGCAAAGCCCUUAUUUGUGAGGCAGAAUGUGUAUUCAUCACUGUGAGAGCAGUCCUUUUUUAAUUUGACUUUUUUUAAAAAAAUUUCGGCCCAAACUCGCUACCGGCCACAGUCGGCACCGGCGCGGUCCAGAUUCGAUCCGAAGCCACGGGGCUCGUCCGUACACCACGGCGUGGUGCCUUAACCGAAUGAGCCACCCAGCCGCCCCAAAGAUAUGCUUUCGUGAUGACAGUUUUUUUUUCCACAUAUAAUAGCACACAAAACCUAUGGUUUUGAUUGUGAUCGACUAGUGGCCUAUACAGAGCAUUUUAAUCCUUUUAGCGAAACAAUUUAAAGGGACCAAGAACAGUGUUUUUGCAUCAGACAAAUACCAUUGUAGCACGAAUCAGCAACAGAAAGCUAAUCUACCUUUUUUUUUUUUUUAAUUAUCAAUUCAGUGACUCACCACCUUAACUGACAUGCACAAGUAACUGACUUUUACACGUGACACUAGUGACACUAACUGGCCGACCAGUGUGUUCGCACAGGCACACCUUCAGACAGUGUUUUUUGGAGCUGCUCUUUU